AUGUAAUCGCGAUUGAGGAAAUCUUGUAUUACAUCUUACUCAUAGACAAUCAGGAAAGAAGAAGAAUAGAAGAAGGAAAAGUGAGAAGACGACAAAAGUACCCAUUAGGCAACUAAAUAAGCAGGUUCCAUGCAAAAAAGAUGGAUAAUAAUGCUCCGUCUGACAUGGAAUUGUUGGACAUGGCGCGAGAGGUCCUUUCCAUCUGCAGUGGCCACUCCCUGAAGGAGAUCAUCGAAGACCUUGCCAUCACUAGAAACAGCGAGCUGACUAUCAACCGCAUCUUUGAAGGAGAAUUUCUGAGACCAUUACUCCAUGUACAAGCAGCGGAUGUGACAACAGGUGCUUCUCCAGUACUGCUCAGCUCUGAUGAUGAAAACAGCGACGAUGACGAGUUUCUACGACUGAUGUCAGGGAAAGUAUCAAGAGCAACAGACACCAAGUCCGCUAUCAAUUCCAUUACUCCUACUGCCACUGUCGCCACCACUGAUCCUGAUGAAAGCCAUUUAACAGCAAGUAACAAGACAGAGCGGCCUCAGCCAUCCGCUUUGCACUCCAACUACGCUUCUAUCACCGAAACAGAAGGAUUCAAAGAAGACGCACUCCGUCACCAGUACUCAAACAAAAGCAAUCGCCACCUUUCAUAGCGCGUGAGCCAUCUCCACAAGAUUUUAAUCAUGGCUGGGACGAUAUUUGGGAAGUAGAGAAUGAUUCUGGAACAAGUUUCAAACAGAAAUCAUCUUCAGUGCGACUUAAUGAUUCACCAAAAUCAUCUUCUCCUAAGGUGAAAACCGAACAAGCUCCUAUUAAGAUAGA